GGCCGCGCUGGAAGAGGCCGAGUCGGACGCGGCCGAACUCGAAACUCACCUGGAGAAGGUGCUGAAGCUCUGCUCGGCCGUGCUGGAGGCCGGGCGGGUUCUGGAAGUUUCCAGCCGCGCCUUCGCCGCGGGGCUGCGGGAGCUGGCGGAGACCCCCCGGGGGGACCCCCUGGUGCAGGAGUCGCUGCAGAAGUUCUGUGAUUCGCUGGAGCAGAUGAUGGACAGCCACGAGGAGCUGCGGAGCUGCACCCAGAGCGCGCUGGGCCGGAACCUGGAGCCGCUGCUGCGCCACUCUCUCCGUGCUCUCCGCUCCUCGGGCCGGGAGCGCGCACGCGCGGCCGAGCUCCUGCAGGGGGCGCUGCAGCACCACGCCGAGGUGCCGCGACGGCGCCCCCUGGAGGCCAAGGAGGCGGCGGCGGCGCUGGGCGGGGCCAGGGGCGUGGCCAGGGCCAGGGGGCUGGACUACGUGCUCAAGCUGAGGCUGCUGCAGGACCAGCAAAAAACGGAAAUUCUGCAAUUUGAUGAGGUGGGCGUGGCCGCGGGGGAGGCGGGGCCUGAGGCCCCGCCCAUGGAGGGUUACCUGUACAAGAGAGCGAGCAACGCCUUCCGCACCUGGAGCAGAUUUUUGAGCCAUUUUUACCGGAUUUUUUCAGGAUUUUGGGGUUUUUUGGGCUGGUUUUGA